CCGUCUGCUGCUGCUCAUCGUGAGCGACUCGGGGUUGGUAGACUUAUACCCUGGCUCCAUAUUAUCCUUCUGGGCAGCCUCAGCACGGUGGUUACGCGUCUGGAUACGUACCUGCCUGGGGAGGUUCUGUUUGGACAUCCACUGCUGACUCAUCACCUCUGAGUCAGCACCUGGGGACGUAGUCAGCGCCAAGUACUCGCUGACUCGUCUGGGACCCUAGCUAGCCUUGGGAACUCCUCGGCAGUCCCUCGUUGUCUUCGUGCAUCUACUACUGGCAUUCCGCAUAUUGCCAAACGUCACCUAGUCGGCUACACCUUACUACGCCAUUUCCCUUAUCAGAUUAUGAGCCCUGCCGACUAUUCGACUACGAUGUCUACCUCUGAUUUCAAGGAUCUGAAGAUCAAGCAGCUCCGUGACGAUGGCUCGAAUUGGACGACAUGGAAGGACAUCAUCACUACUGCCUUCCAACGUCGCCGGCUUAUGCGCCACCUCAACGGCACUGCCAAACGUCCCUGCAUCUAUGUCGAAGCCAAUGGCAAGUAUUUUGAAAAGCUCGAAGAAGCUGUACCAGCCACGACUACCACGACAACGUCUACGCCCACACCAGUACCAGUACCAACACGUCAGCAAUCCUCCGAUGAGACGGAGAGAGCAGAACGGGGUCUGGGACUAGAGUUGACUGAGGCAAAGGCGAAGGAGCGGGAUGAGCAACUCGACAUCUAUGAUGCGAACGAAGCGACCAUUCGGGAAGAUCCAUCGGAACAGCGACGAUGAGUUGUUCUUUUUCAGGCUACUGGGUGUGGUCUGACAGGACUUUCAUGAGGUCGUGCACCUAUAGUAAGACGUUAUGUGCACCUGAGAUGAUCUGACACGCAGCCUACGUGCAUCGGUACAGCAUCUCUGUGUACGGCUACGGUUUGAGCAAGAAGGACACUGUGCAUGACGUUCAGUGUUGGGCUCUGGCAAUGGCUGUAGGAGAAUACUCACCUUAUACUGCCCGUUCGGAGUAGUCCAUGCAUGCAGAGGCAUCUCUAUCCCGCCACUUUUCCUGGCAGCUCACAUAUAUCA